AUGUCGUUCAGAAACUCCACCCUCCGUUUGGCUCGUCAGGCUUCCUCCACCGUUGCCAAGCAACUUGCUGCCAAGAGAACCCUCGCUGCUUUGGCCACCAAGAUGCCUCAAGCUGCCGUCAGAUCCGCUGCUCCUUUGGCUACCCGUGGUGUCAAGACCAUCAACUUCGGUGGUCACGAGGAGGUUGUCCACGAGCGUGGUGACUGGCCUGUCGAGAAGUUGCAAGAGUACUUCAAGAACGACACCUUGGCCUUGAUUGGUUACGGUUCCCAAGGUUACGGUCAAGGUCUUAACUUGAGAGACAACGGCUUGAACGUCAUCAUCGGUGUCAGAAAGGACGGUGCUUCUUGGAAGGCCGCCAUUGAGGACGGUUGGGUUCCAGGUGAGAACUUGUUCGACGUCAAGGAGGCUAUCGGCAAGGGUACCUACAUCAUGAACUUGUUGUCCGACGCUGCUCAAUCCGAGACCUGGGCCGAGCUCAAGCCUUUGAUCACCGAGGGCAAGACCUUGUACUUCUCCCACGGUUUCUCUCCAGUCUUCAAGAACUUGACCCACGUCGAGACCCCAGAGAACGUUGACGUUAUCUUGGCUGCUCCAAAGGGUUCCGGUAGAACCGUCAGAUCCUUGUUCUUGGAGGGCAGAGGUAUCAACUCUUCUUACGCUGUCUGGAACGACGUUUCCGGUAUGGCUGAGGAGAAGGCCAUUGCCUUGGCUGUUGCCAUCGGUUCUGGUUACGUCUACCAAACCACCUUCGAGAGAGAGGUCAACUCCGACUUGUACGGUGAGAGAGGUUGUUUGAUGGGUGGUAUCCACGGUAUGUUCUUGGCCCAAUACGAGGUCUUGAGAGAGAACGGCCACACCCCAUCUGAGGCUUUCAACGAGACCGUUGAGGAGGCCACCCAGUCCUUGUACCCAUUGAUUGGUAAGUACGGUAUGGACUACAUGUACGAUGCCUGCUCUACCACCGCCAGAAGAGGUGCUUUGGACUGGUACCCAAUCUUCAAGAAGGCCUUGAAGCCUGUUUUCGAGGACUUGUACGAGUCUGUCAAGAACGGUUCCGAGACCCAAAGAUCCUUGGACUUCAACUCUGCUCCAGACUACAGAGCUAGAUUGGAGGAGGAGUUGGAGACCAUCAGAAACAUGGAGAUCUGGAGAGUCGGUAAGGAGGUCAGAAAGUUGCGUCCUGAGAACAACUAA